CGUGGCGGGUGGCGGGUGGCGCUCGUCCCCCUCCCCAGGCCCCGGGUGUCCCCGUGACGAGGCAGCGCGGAACCGCCGCGGGCCGGGCCCAUCCCGCCGCAGCGGCCCCGGGGCCGAGCAGGCGCAAGGCAGAGAGGGAGCAGCGCCGAGCGGGGUAGGAGCGCCGCCAGAAUGGUGCUGGAAGGGAACCCUGAAGUGGGGUCCCCCCGAACCUCAGACCUCCAGCAUUCUGGGAACCAGAGCUCUUGUGUCCUUUCUUCUGGUGAAGAUGCACAGCCAGGCGAGGAGCCCAUCAAGUAUGGUGAACUCAUCGUCUUGGGAUGCUGUGAGGAAGGAGGUGAGGAAACCGAGGCUCAGAGAGGGGAAGUGACUGGUCCAAGGGCACACAGCUGCUACAAUGGAUGUCUGGCAAAUGGGGACAAGGGCCGCCGGCGAAGCCGCCUGGCACUGAGCCGCCGGCCACAUGCCAAUGGAGUGAAGCCGGACGUCAUGCACCACAUCUCCACACCACUUGUAUCCAAGGCCCUGAGUAACCGUGGCCAGCACAGUAUCUCAUACACACUGUCUCGGAGCCACUCGGUCAUAGUCGAGUACACUCAUGACAGCGACACAGACAUGUUCCAGAUCGGUCGCUCCACGGAGAACAUGAUUGAUUUUGUGGUAACAGACACGUCCCCUGGAGGAGGGGCUGCUGAGGGCCCCUCUGCCCAGAGCACCAUCUCCCGCUAUGCCUGCCGCAUCCUCUGUGACCGACGGCCACCCUAUACUGCCCGCAUCUAUGCCGCUGGCUUUGAUGCCUCCAGCAACAUCUUCCUUGGAGUGAGUGAGCCCCCCACGCAGGGACCAGCACUUCAUCUGAGAGAGCGGGCGGCCAAAUGGCGGACCCCUGACGGCCUGAUGGACGGCUUAACCACCAAUGGGGUCCUGGUGAUGCACCCAGCAGGCGGCUUCUCUGAGGACUCGGCCCCAGGUGUCUGGCGAGAGAUCUCAGUCUGUGGGAAUGUGUAUACUCUGAGGGACAGCCGCUCAGCACAGCAGCGGGGGAAGCUGGUGGAAAACGAGUCCAACAUGCUUCAGGACGGCUCCCUCAUCGACCUGUGUGGGGCCACGCUGCUGUGGCGCACACCAGCAGGGCUGCUGCGGGCACCCACGCUGAAGCAGCUAGAAGCCCAGAGGCAGGAGGCGAAUGCGGCGCGGCCCCAGUGCCCUGUGGGCCUCAGCACCCUGGCCUUCCCCAGUCCGGCGCGUGGCCGCACAGCACCUGACAAGCAGCAGCCGUGGGUCUACGUCCGUUGCGGCCACGUUCAUGGCUAUCAUGGCUGGGGCUGCCGGCGAGAGCGGGGACCCCAGGAACGAGAGUGUCCUCUUUGUCGCCUUGUGGGGCCUUAUGUGCCCCUGUGGCUUGGCCAAGAGGCUGGCCUCUGCCUGGACCCUGGGCCGCCCAGCCAUGCCUUUGCGCCCUGUGGCCAUGUCUGCUCUGAGAAAACUGCCCGCUACUGGGCCCAGACACCACUGCCCCACGGCACACACGCUUUCCAUGCUGCCUGCCCCUUUUGUGGGGCCUGGCUCACUGGUGAGCAUGGCUGCGUCCGCCUCAUUUUCCAGGGGCCACUGGACUAGGCUUCCUGGGGACCCCUGCUGCUGUGCCCACCUGCCCACCCAGGUCCCCCACCUCCUGCAGUCCAGAGGGAGCUCUGCAUGUGGGACUCUACCUGCUGGCAUGUAGCCACACCACAUGGACAUGUUGGAUGGGCUGUGCCCCUCCCCUCUUUAACUCUGGCCCCCAAGGGGGCCCCCAUAACCCCUGCCCCAGUCAGAAUAAUGGGGCCCUCAGCACCAGCUGUCCUGGGCUUAUAGAGGGAAACCCACUCCCAUGCCCCACCCUUCCUGGGGCACCCCUCAUCAUGCCGCCUCACUGUGCCCCUGGGGGAGUGAAGUGGCCGUGGGCUUCUGACCUCCAGCUUAGGUUGGCUGUGCCCGAGCCUGCCAAUCCAGUUGAAGAUACUCACCCUGCUGUGCCCUGGGUUCCUCUAUAAACCUUGCUGCUCAGCUGCCCUCACAAAUCCCAUGUGUUCCCGCAUGUGUGCAAUGUCUCCAGCCCCCGAGCGAGUGAGUGAGUGACAGGUGUGCAGCGGGCUGGGACCAGAAUCUGACACCCAUUGUGGGCUGUGGGUAUCACGGACUCUAUGCCACGUGGGCUCUGGGGACAGAGAUAGUCAGACCUGGUUCCCUGCCUGGUGGAAUUCACAGUCUAGUAGACAACAGACCAAAUUACCUAAUGACAGCACGGCUUCCUGUGUGCCAGGAUCAGAGAAUUAUUGGGCUGUGGAGCAGGUCGCACUGGCAGGUGGCCAAGUGAGGGAAGCGUCACUGAGAAGGUGGCAUAGGAGCUGAGCUACUGUGGCUGUCAGAAUCCCCCACAGGAAGGGGCAGGUGUUCUAGGCAGAAGGGAGGCUGAGCACAAGCUCAGGUGGCAGUCAGCAGGGGACUGAGGGAGGGGUUCAGAGUGGCUAGAGCAGGGCUUGCAGGGGCAGGAAGGAGGUGGGGCCGUGCUAAUGGAACAUGCUGGAUGGAGGAUUAAGAAUUUCAUUUGUGGGCAGUCAAGAGUCGAGGGAGGAGAGAAGAUGUGCAGUUCCAGAGUGUUCGCUGUGACACAAGGGCUACUAUUACCUAAUGCCCACCAUGUCCCCACAUUGUGCUAAUGAUAAUGACAGUGUUCACUGAGCACUCACCAGGCACUGGGCUCUGUUUCUCUGAGGUUUUGUAUUUCAUGCUCACAGUGCCCCAGGGAGGGAGGUGUUACUAUUUCUGUUUACAGGGAGGCUAAGGCACAGGCUCCAAGUCACACAGCUAGGAAGUAGCCAAGUCAGGACUCAGAUCCACAGCUGCCUGCCUGGCUGUGAGCCUGCCCUCAUCUCUCAUCCUUAUCCACUGCGCUGCUCUCCUUGGACAGGAGUGGGAGGAGUUGGGAGGACCUCCCAGGUAAGGGGAACAACAUGUGCAGAGGUGUGGCAGGGAAAAGGCUCGAUGACCAAUGAGGCAGGUGUAGAGGGGGCAGACAAGUGGGAUGAGGGGUGGGGAUGCUGGACUGAGACUAGUGGGCCUUAAUUGCUAUGGAAGCCAAGUCUGAACUUGGCUUAUUCAUCUUGGCCAAGCAUCAGUUCUCCCGGAGAGCCAGGGCAAGCUUCAGGGUGCUGCUGGGGUUGUUCCCAGACUAUUCCUGGGGGGAAUGAGCUAGAAAGGUAGGUAGACAGAGAUUCUGGAAAUAGUAAAUCAAAGGAAGGGGCUCUGGGUACAAGCUUGAUGUGGGUAUCAUCCCCAGUGGAAGACAGCUGCCUUCCAAGUUCAGGUUCCAAGCGGAGGGACCUGGCCCCAGCCACACAGCUGGUUGGGGCCACAGAGACCAGACCUGGGGCUGCUGAGAGGAUAGAGGGCACCUGAGGUAGGGGCUGUGAUCAUAUUCUUGCUUCUAAGAACAUCACACUGCCACAGUGCGGGAGCCACAUGGGGAUGCUGGGUGGAUGUGGGAGUUCUGCAUGCGCACAUGCACAAAACCAGUAGGAACCCACCUCUUCUGGUUUCUCUUCUGACUCUGGGAACCAGGUAGGGGAACAUUCCAAUCUCAUUUUUAGCAGAGAACCUCAGAUGACUUUGGGAAGAGAGACAAAGGGCACAGGUACCACCCCAGGGAGGACUCAGAGGUGGUAGUGGAGGGGGUCAGAUACCCCUGGUUUUGGCCCAGGUCAGCCCCUUCCCAGCUCAUGGACCCUCAGUCUCCUCAGCUGUAAAUGGUUUAACAAUCCCUGUCACCAGGUGGUUGUGAAACAUAAGGGGGCACAUGUAACUCAGUAGGCACUUCACUCCCUUAACCUACCCCGUUUCAUUCCAGUGGGUAAGAGCGAAGGUUGGGGACGGUCAUGACUCUAGUGAGCAGUGAGUGAACUGCUCUGUAUGAUUGUGUGUGCUGGGGCAGGUGGAGGGGACAGUGUGGUGGAAGGUCUGAGUAAGGCCAGUAAGGAAGGGUAAAAUAAUAUCCUAUCUCAGGUUUUUUGCAAGAGUGAAAUGGGAGAUCCUCCAUGUCAGGCUGCUAGCCCAGGACCUUGUAAUAGCCGAAGUGUUUGUAUUAGCUGUGACUGUGAACAUGCAGUUUGGGUGUCCCAGGAAGUGACUGGGAUCUGUCCCUGGCCUGAGCUGCCCACAGGUGGCCAGAUAGAAUGACCACUUUUACUGGUGUCCAUUUCAACUUCACCCAAGUCAAAGAAGACUAUAAACUUUUUAAAGACAAUGAAAAUUGAUACACUGGGAAGAAAAGGGGUAGACUUUCCUGACCAAUUUAUUGAGCUCCUCCUUGUAAUGGUAAUCAUCAGAGCUAACAGUAGCAACGUUGUGUCAAGCAGGGCCUUAGGCACCUUUGUAAAUGAGAAACUGGCACCUUUGGUGGGCAGAUGCUGUCCUGGGUCUAGGCACAGGUGUGGCAAAAAGCAUGGCAAGGAAGUGUGUGGAUUUUAGGUAUCCCCUCUCUGCACAACCCUAAAGGGCAGCACUGCCCAGUCAACGCUUAAGCCUACACUAUUGCUCCUAGUUGAGACAGUGGUAAGCCCAGUUUCCCAGCUGAGGAAGCCCAGACUCCGGUAAAGUGACCCAUCCAAGGCCACACAGCCAGCAGUGUGGCUCUGCCAACACUCUGACCUAGCCAGAAACAGGCACUUUCCACACGCUAUGCCCCAUCCAGGUGGGUCCUCUUGUGAGACCACAAGACAUGCAAGAGGACCUCAAGCUCCGGAUCCACCCUGGGCACUCUUGGGCGUCUCAGGUGGCUUUCUCAUUAGGCGCCCAGCAAGCACCAAGAAACUGCCAGGCCCCUCACCCCUUUGUGCUGAGAAAACUGAGGCUCGGGGAUGUUUAGCGGCCUCCUCCCAGGCUUCCAGGAGUCGGUGGCGGUGCAGUGAAGCACUCGGUGGCGUUCCUCCGUGCCAGCUGACGGGUGAGGCCACCUCAUGCUGGGCCGGCCCGGUAGCCUGGAGCGUUGCAGUCUCCGAGGAGUCUCCACCCGCAGGCCCUCGAAUCCCGCCACAUUACUCCCACUCUGCAGGUUCCCACCUGAAAAACUGAGGUCGGGGGCCUCCGAAAGACCCAAAGGAGAGCAGGUCGAGGAUCUG